AUGCGCCGCGCCCGGUCUCAAGCCAACCAGGACGGUUUCCAGGGUGUGCCCCGCCCACCCGAGGGAACGGCGGCCGGCCAUUGGGUGUCGGAGCCACAGGCCACGGCUGAGCGAUACUUGUGUCACCACGCCGCCAACGGGGUGCACUGUUCAUCUGCACUAUGCAUUAACCUGACCUCCCCAAAGGCAGAAACACCUGCUCAACUAGAAAGAUCAACUCUUCUUCUUCCAGUGCCAGCCAUGGAAACUCCUUAG